AUGGCUCGCCAGCUGAAAUAUGCCAAUGAGCCCAUCGCCGUUGUCGGCAGUGCUUGUAGAUUCCCUGGAGAUGCCUCAUCUCCACCAAAGCUGUGGGAACUUCUCCGCCAACCUCGCGAUGUCAUCAGCGAUAUUCCGCCAAGCCGGUUCAACACUGAUGGUUUCUACCACGAGGAUGCCCUCCACCAUGGUGCUACCAAUGUUCGCCAAUCCUACAUCCUCAACCAAGACCAUCGUCAUUUCGAUGCCCAGUUUUUUGGAGUCAAGCCCGUCGAGGCUAACUCAAUCGAUCCCCAACAACGACUUCUUCUGGAGACCGUUUAUGAAGCUCUGGAAGCCGGGGGUAUCCCCAUGGAGAAAAUCCAGGGCUCCAACACUGGCGUGUACAUAGGCCUGAUGACGGGCGAUUACGCUGACCUUCUCGGUCGCGAUAUUGAUAACUUCCCUACCUACUUUGCCUCUGGCACCGCACGAAGCAUCAUCUCUAACAGAGUAUCCUACUUCUUUGACCUCCACGGCCCAUCGAUGACUAUCGACACGGCGUGUUCCUCCAGUCUUUACGCCAUCCACCAGGCGGUUCAGAGCCUUCGAAGUGGCGAGUCCGGCAGCGCCAUCGUCGGCGGAGCCAACCUCCUUCUAGGGCCCGAACAAUAUGUUGCCGAGAGCAAGCUGAAAAUGCUUAGCCCUAACAGCCGAAGCCGAAUGUGGGACAAAGAUGCCGAUGGAUAUGCCCGUGGUGACGGUGUUGGUGUCCUAGUGCUUAAGACUCUGAGCCAGGCACUAGCAGACCACGACAACAUCGAGUGCAUCAUACGAGAGACAGGCAUUAACCAAGACGGACGCACAAAGGGCAUUACUAUGCCUAACCCGGUGGCUCAGCAAGAGCUCAUCAACGCCACCUACCAGAAGGCCGGGCUGGAUCUGUCUAAGCCGGCGGAUCGCCCUCAAUAUUUUGAGGCCCACGGAACUGGUACCCCUGCUGGUGACCCAAUGGAGGCCGAGGCCAUCAGCACCGCCUUCUUCGGACCUAACGUCGGGUUUGAGAGGGCCGUAACUGACGCCCCUCUGUAUGUCGGUUCGAUCAAGACUGUUGUUGGCCACACUGAAGGCACUGCCGGUAUCGCCGGUGUCAUGAAGGCCUCGCUGGCACUCCAAAACAGCACCAUUCCUCCAAAUCUGCUCUUUAAUGAACUCAACCCCCGGGUCAAGCCUUUCUAUACUGACCUUCGUAUCGCCCAAGAGGCACAGCAGUGGCCCGAGGUCCAAACUGGAGACCUGCGCCGUGCCAGUGUCAACAGCUUCGGCUUCGGAGGUGCCAAUGCCCACGCCAUCCUCGAGAAUUUUGUCCCAGAUCCUAAGCAAGCUCUUCUGAAGAAUGUCGAAGAGCCCACCGGUCCCUCCAUGGCACCUUUCAACUUCUCCACUGGUACAGAGAAGUCUCUCGCCAACCUUCUAUCUACGUACUCCUCGUUCAUAAAGGAGAACCCGACUAUCAGCCUUCGAGAUCUUUCCUGGACUCUGAACACUCGACGAUCUACCCUGCCGUUGAGGGUCUCCAUCUCUGCUCUGACGGUCGAAGACCUGGCCAAGAAGCUCGAAGAUGUCAGCCAGAACUCCACUGGCUUUAUGACCAUUUCCGGAUCUCAGGCCACUUCAGAGGGCAAGCCCCGCCUCCUUGGUGUAUUCACUGGCCAGGGUGCCCAGUGGGCCACCAUGGGCGCUGACUUGCUCCGAAGCUCGCCUCUGUUCUCGGAGUGCAUUGAUAAGCUGCAGAGCGCUCUUAACACUCUUCCCGCCGAGCAUAUCCCUGAGUGGACCAUCCGGGAAGAGUUGCUCAAGGACAAGGAUUAUUCUCGUAUCGGUCAGGCGGCGCUCUCGCAGCCUCUGUGCACCGCUGUACAAGUUGCCCUUGUUACUCUUCUUAAGGCUGCUAAGAUUGACCUGGCAGCAGUUGUUGGUCACUCUUCUGGUGAAAUCGCUGCGGCACACACUGCUGGUUAUCUCUCCGCUGAGGACUCUAUUCGAAUUGCCUACUACCGUGGAUUCUUCCUGAAACUCGCUGGUAGUGAAGAUGACGCCCAGGGUGGUAUGAUGGCCGUCGGCACGUCUCACGAGGAUGCCGAAGAGCUUUGCGAGCUGCCCUCUCUUAAGGGCCGCAUCUGCAUUGCUGCUAGGAACUCCCCCAGCAGCUUGACACUGUCCGGUGACCUAGAUGCCAUUGAAGAGGCCAAGGAAAUUCUUGAAGAUGAGCAGAAGUUUGCCCGUCUCCUAAAGGUCGAUAAGGCUUACCACUCGCACCACAUGAAGCCCUGCUUUGAGCCUUACGUCGCGGCCCUCGAGACAUGCCACGUCAAGGUCCUGGCUCGCUCUGACGACGCGAACCUCCCUGUCUGGAUUUCCAGCGUUAUCGGCGAGAACAUUGAGAGCGUUGACCUCAGCGAGCUCCAGGGCAAGUACUGGGGUGACAACAUGUGCCAAGCUGUUCUGUUCUCACAGGCUGUGGAGUAUGCCAUCGGUGCCGAGGGUCCCUUUGACAUGGGAAUUGAGAUUGGCCCUCACCCUGCCCUUAAGGGCCCUGCUACCUCCACUAUCAAGGAAAUCUCUGGCCAGGACAUCCCUUAUACUGGAACCUUGGCACGUGGUGUAAACGCAAUCGAGGCCAUUUCUGACUCUUUUGGUUCUCUCUGGAAGUCGCUCGGUCCUGCUGCCGUGGACUUCACGGCCUACGAUAAAGCUGUUCACGGCAGCAAGGUGGCGCCUAGGCUGUUAAAGGGCCUUCCAACGUAUCCCUGGGACCACGAUCGUAUCUACUGGCACGAGUCGCGGUACUCCAAGGCGUUCCGUGGCCGCAGCCAGGCUCCUCAUGAGCUUCUAGGCACUAUGUGCCCCGAUGGCAUUAACAACGAGGUUCGAUUCAAGAACUACCUCACGCCCCGUGAGAUUCCCUGGCUCGUCCACCACCAGAUUCAGGGUCAGAUUGUCUUCCCUGCUGCUGGCUACGUCUCGGCAGUUGUCGAAGCGGCAGUCAAGCUUUACCCCGCCGAGUCGAUCCAGAUGCUUGACUUUAUCGACUUUAUCAUUGGACAGGCUCUCACUCUCCAGGAGAACGGCGGUGUUGAUACCAUCCUGUCCCUAAAGGUUGUCGAGGAAAGCCCUGGUGUUGACCAGUUGGUUUUUGCCUACUAUUCCGACAGCGGAAAGGAUUCUGGCGCCAUGGUCAAGAAUGCCUCCGGUAAGCUUCGUGUGGUCCGAGGCACUGCCUCCAAGGACACACUCCCCGCUCCCUAUGUUCGUAAGGGUCUGUACCUGGAUCUCGAGUGGGAGCGAUUCUACAUGGCCACCAGCGAGCUGGGCUUCGGCUACACCGGUCCCUUCCAGGCUCUCUCCAACACUAGCCGAAGGCUUGGCGAGGCUCUCGGUACCCUGGGUGUUCCUGAGGCCGAGGGCAAGGAUGCACCUUCGCUGAUCAUUCACCCUGGCACCCUGGAUUGUGCUAUCCAGUCUAUCAUGCUGGCUUUCAGCUACCCUGGCGAUGGCCGCCUGCGUACUAUAUAUUUGCCAACGAAGGUUGAUCGCCUUCGUAUCAACCUUGCCUACUGCCGGGAGUCCACCCUCCAGUCCGGUGCUCAGCUGCCGUUCUACUCGUCCAUGGCUGAUCAUGGCGGUGCAGAUCUGUCUGGUGAUGUUGAGGUUUACUCGGUUGAUUCUAGCCACACCAUUAUUCAGUUGCAAGGCCUCCAUGCCACACCUUUGGACAAGUCAACUUCUGAGAAUGAUGCCAACAUCUUCUCUGAGUUGACUUGGGGACCCGAGAUCCCCACCGGAACUAACGUUACCUGGGAAGGUGAUGAGUACGCUGACGACCUUGACCUAUCGUUCCUCAUGGAGAGGGUUGCGUAUUUUUACCUCCGCCAGAUUAAUGCCGAGUUCCCCAAGGGUAAGCGAGAAGGAUUCGAGUGGCACCAUGACCGCCUCUUUGACUAUGUCGACCACUGCUUGGAGUACGUUGCCAGUGGCACGCACCCCUAUGCAAAGAAGGAGUGGAUCAAUGACAAGAGGGAGGAGAUUCUUAAGAUUAUUGACAGUCACCCUGACAGCAUUGACUUGCGUAUCAUGAAGGCGGUUGGUGAAAACAUGCCCACUGCUAUCAGAGGCGACAUGAACAUUCUGGAGGCAAUGAUGCAUGGCAACAUGCUCAACGACUUCUACGCCUACGCUCUGGGUAUGAACACAUAUCUUGAGGAUAUGGCCCGCAUUGUCGGCCAGUUCAGCCACCGCUUCCCCCACAUGAACAUUCUUGAAAUUGGCUCUGGAACCGGUGGUGCCACUGGCAUGAUCCUCCAGCGUCUCAAUGGUGCUUUCUCCUCGUAUACAUACACUGAUAUUUCUAGUGGCUUCUUCGAGAAAGCCGAGGAGAAGUUUGCCGAGCACCGCUCUCGCAUGAUCUUCAAGGUUUGUGAUAUCGAGAAGAGCCCUGCUGAGCAAGGCUAUGUCGAGGGCUCAUACGAUCUUGUUAUCGCUUCUCUGGUUCUCCACGCUACCCGAAACAUUGAAGACACCAUGCAGAAUGCCCGCAAGCUCUUGAAGCCCGGUGGUCAUCUUCUCAUGGUAGAGCUUACUGAUAAUGACCCCAUGCGCUUCGGUUUCAUCUUUGGUGGCCUGCCUGGCUGGUGGCUUGGUUACAACGAUGGUCGCAAGCUAUCUCCUUGCGUUGAAGCCAAUGUCUGGGAGGAAAUGAUGCUGAAGACCGGCUUCUCUGGUAUUACGUCUCAUACCCCUCACAACAGCAGCUUCCCUCUGCCUCUGGCCGUGAUUGCUUGCCAGGCCGUCGACGAUAAGAUUUCUUUCCUUCGCGAGCCGCUUCUAUUCACCAGUCAAUCACUGGAUGUGAACAGUCUGACUAUCAUUGGAGGAAAGGGCGACAUCUCUGGUGACAAAUUAGACGAGAGCGUUUCUCGUCACUACAAGGAGAUCCGCCAUAUCAACAGUUUGGAUGAGGCCGCUGCCGCUGAAUUACCCUUCUCUGGUACUGUUGUCUGCUUGGCUGAUCUCUUCGACGAGUCUACGUUCGAGGACAUCUCCUUGACACAGCUGAAGGCUCUCCAGAACAUCUUUAACCAGAGCAAGAACAUUCUUUGGGUUACAUGUGGGGCACAAGCCGACAGCCCUUACAAGAACAUGUUCAUUGGCUUGCAGCGAAGUGUCACCCUGGAGCUGACUCAUGUCCACUCUCAGGUCUUGGACUUUGCUACGCCUUCUGAGAUCAAUUUUGAAAUUAUUGCCAAGAAGCUGCUCCAGCUUGAUGCUUACAGUGUCUGGGAUGACAAUAGUCAGCUCAAGGAUAUCCUCUGGUACAAUGAGCCAGAGAUUCUCAUUGAGAAACAGCAGGUUAUGAUUCCUCGCUUCCGUCUCAGCCCAGCGAGGAACAACCGAUACAACUCUUCGCGUAGGCUCCUAACCCGUGAUGUGAACGUCAAGAACACCAGCUUGUCCAUCAUGCCUCGGGACUCCAAGUUCGUUGUGAGGGAGAAGCAGGAAGCCAAUAAGUCCCGCAUCGGAGGCAUUAGGCUCAGUCACUCGCUUCUCAAGGCUAUCCGGGUCACUGGAAAAAGCAAGGCUUUCAUCUCGCUCGGCGAGGACUCUCAGAAUGGCUCUCGUGUCAUUGUGUUGUCCAGCUCUCUGGAUUCGCACGUCCACGCACCGACUGGAUGGACCAUUGCUAUGCCUCAGUCUGACGAGCAGGCGCUCAAGGCUUUGAUGUCGCUGUACAUGCAGCUCCUGGCCCACAGCAUCCUUGAGAACGCCAUUCAGGGCAAGGUCAUUGCCGUGUUCAACCCUGGAUACGCUCUGGGCGGAGCCCUUGCUAAGCUUGCCGCUGAGCGUGGCAUCCAGCUGGUGCUCCUUACCACUGCAGCCAAGAACUGCACCAGACCUUGGGCGUACGUGCAUCCCCGUGCGACAACGUCGUCCCUUCACAAACUUCUGCCAAGAAACCUGUCUAUGUACAUUGACAUGGACACUCAGAGUGAGACGUCACAACUUGUGCAGGGCUGCCUGCCUCCAGACUGCCCCAAGCUUGAUCACAAUGGUCUGGUCAGCGACUACGCUCGGCUUGAUCUCAGCCCACUUGGCGUCCGACAGGUAUCUGACCAUGUCCAGAUGGCUUGGCUGAACUGCGUAGAUAGUCUCUCCACAACAGACAUUGGCUCCAUCCCGACCAUCUCUCUCGACGAGAUCACUGAGAACAGCUCUGCUUCUUUCCAGGAGCAGGCUAUCGUCUCUUGGCAGGGUCAGCCUACUGUUCGCAUCCAGAUGCAGCCCGCCAACAAGGAAGUUAACUUUGCUUCGGACAAGACCUUCUGGCUUGUUGGCUUGACUGGUGGUCUGGGUCUGUCCCUUUGCCAGUGGAUGGUUGAGCGUGGUGCGAGAUACAUUGCGCUGUCCAGCCGUAACCCCAAGAUCCAGGACGCCUGGCUCCAGACCAUGUCCGCCCAGGGCUGCACUGUCCGCGUCUUCGCCAACGAUGUCACAAACCGACAGUCUGUCCACGAGGUCUAUAAGCAGAUCAAUGACACCAUGCCUACCAUCGGCGGCGUUGCUCAGGGUGCUAUGGUUCUCCACGAUACUCUAUUCCCUGAUCUGGAUAUGGAGCGUUUUGAGAAGGUUGUGAAGCCCAAGGUUCUCGGAAGUGUUUACCUUGACGAGUUGUUUAGUGAAGCCAACCUAGACUUCUUUGUCUACUUCUCGUCCAUGGCCUACGUCACUGGUAACCCGGGGCAGAGUGCCUACUCUGCUGCCAAUGCCUUCAUGGCCAGCCAGGCUGCUCAGCGACGCAAGCGUGGCCUUGCCGGCUCCGUCAUCAACAUCGGUGCCAUCAUGGGUAACGGCUACGUUUCCCGAGAGCUGACCCUUGGACAGCAGUCCUUCCUCCACAAGGUUGGUCACUCUUGGAUGUCUGAGCAGGACUUCCAAGAGAUCUUCGCUGAGGGCGUUCUUGCUGGUCGCCCUGGCUUCUCUGGUACUUAUGAAAUGUCCACUGGUCUCCGGCUCGAUGAUGACGAAGAGCGUGACUGGGCAUCGAACCCAAUGUUCCAGCAUUUGGUCCGCAAGGGUAGUCAUCUGGUCACUGGCCAGAGCAAGAACAAGGCUGGUGCUGCAAUCAAGCCUCAGCUCUUGGAGGCUACCAGCGAGGAGGAGGUGUUCGAGAUUAUGAAGGCUGGGUUCCUCUUUAAGCUCCAGAUUGCCCUGCAGGCUGACCCCGACAAGCCCAUGCUUGAAGUGAGCCCCGAUGAGCUUGGUGUGGACUCGCUUGUUGCUGUCGACAUUCAGUCUUGGUUCCGCAAGGAGCUUGGUGUCGACAUGCCCGUCCUUAGGGUUCUCAACGCGCUUUCUGUUCGCGAUCUCUUGUAUACUGCACAGGAGAUGCUGUCAGCUGAGAUUGUCCCCAAUUUGGGUGGCGAGCCGAAGCUUAAGAGUGCCGAUCUUGCUAAGGAAGCACCUCCGGCCGCUACCCCGGCAGCAAAGCCACAGAAGCUGACGCCUAGCCUGACGGACAUUCCAUCUACCACCGUGUCCACCAUCGACCAUUCUUCCUCGAGUGAGAGACAGUCUACUCCUACUUCAGAGCUGGAGUCGCAGGCGUCCCCGACCAAUACUACUCCUUCUCUUCCCAUCUCCUUAGAUAUGGAGGAGAAACUGCUUGGGUCGCGUAGUAAGGAAGGAUUUGAGCGAGUUGUUCCUAUGUCAUUUGCUCAGUCUCGAUUUUGGUUCUUGAACUUCUUUGUCGAGAACAAGACUGCGUUCAAUGUUACAUCGGUUGUCCACCUCAAGGGUAAGCUUGACAUUGAGAAGUUCGGCAAGGCUCUCACCGAUGUGGGACAGCGCCACGAGGCCAUUCGGACUGUCUUCUAUACGGACGAGAACACCAAACAGCACAUGCAAGGUGUCUUGCCCAAGUCCACCUUGACUCUUCAGCAUGCCAAUGUCAAGAAUGAGAAUUAUAUUCAAAAGGCUGUCCGAGAAAUGCAAGACCACGUUUUUGAUCUUGCCAAGGGCGAUUCUCUCCGCUUGCAACUUCUCUCGCUCUCGGAGGACCAACACUGCAUCAUCCUCGCCUACCACCACAUUGCUGUUGAUGGCAUCGGCUUCCCCAUCUUCUUUGCUGACCUCGAGAAGGCUUACAACGGAACUCUCGAUCUGAGUGGCGCGGGUAUGCUGCAGUAUCCCGACUUCUCUCUCCGUCAGCUCCAUGAGUACGAACAGGGAUCAUGGUCUAAGCAGCUCAGCUACUGGCACAGCCAGUUCCCUGACCUGCCCGCUCCUCUACCCUUGUUCAAGCUGUCUCAGCGUUUAUGGAGGCCCAACUCCUCCAGCUUUGGUUCGCACUUGGUUGACUUCCGUAUGGACCAGGCGCUGAAGAGCCAGAUUGAGCAAUGCUGCCGCCGCUUCAAGGUGACCCCAUUCCACUUCUACCUGGCUGUAUUCCGCAUCCUCCUCUUUCGCUUCACCAACGGGAUUGAGGAUAUGUGCAUUGGUGUUGCCGACGGCAACCGAAAGGAUGCCGACGUGCUGCAGAGUCUUGGUCUCUUCUUGAACCUGCUUCCACUGCGCUUCCGCCAGGACACCAAACAAACCUUCGCGGAUAUCCUGAAGGAUGUCAAGAGCAUCAGCGAUGGCGCCUUUGCCAACUCUCGUGUUCCUUUCGACCUUCUACUGGACCAGCUCCAGGUGCCCCGGUCUCCUUCUUACAGCCCGCUCUUCCAGUCAUUCCUUAACUACCGUCAAAACAUCGUCGAAGCACGCAGCUUCUGCGGCUGUUCUUCUGAUGGUGAGCUGAUUGCUGGCGGCCAGAACGCCUACGACAUUAGUGUGGACGUUGUUGAUGUCAGUAGCGGUGAUAAUCUUGUGGUCUUCGCUGUGAACAAGGAUCUCUACUCUAAAGACGAUGCCAAUCUGCUUAAGAAGAGCUACCUCAGCCUUCUCCAGGGAUUUGCGAGAAACCCUGCUAUUCGCAUUAUCUGGCCCGCUCUCCAUCUUGAAGACGAUGUGAAGAGCGCACUAGAGUUCGGUCGCGGUGACGAAAAAACUACUCAAUGGCCGUCUACUAUUGUCGACCGCAUUGACGACAUGUCUAAGGCGUACAGUGAGAGAACCGCUCUGGCUGAUGGCUUGGGAAACAGCGUCACUUACAAGCAGAUGGCGAGCCGCGCGAGCGAGCUUGCAGCUCUACUCCUGGACCGUGGAGUGGGCAGCGGUUCUUGCGUGGGUGUCUUCCAGAGCCCUGGACCAGAAUGGGUUUGCUCUAUGCUCGCUAUUCUGCGAACUGGAGCUGCCUACGUCCCGCUUGACUCCCGUGUAGGCCUAGACCGCCUUCUUCUUGUAGUCAAGGACUGCAACCCCCAGGUCAUUUUCGUUGACGGCAUCACUGAGAGCGAGACUAAGUUCUUGCGUGACACUGGAGCCGAUGUCAUCAAUGUGUCCACUGUUCCUGUAUCUCAGGAAGACAAGUUUGUUCCUAGCCAGGCCAAGCCCUCUGACACUGCCGUCAUUGCCUACACUAGUGGAACUACCGGUGUACCUAAGGGUGUGGUCUUGAAGCACUCCGGAUACAAGAACUUUCUGGAAUUUGCCGUUCCCCGAUGGGGAAUCAAAGAGGGUGAAGAGACUGUGCUGCAGCAAUCUUCUUAUGCAUUUGACAUGUCCAUGGGUCAGAUCAUCGUCGGCCUUGGGUUUGGUGGAACUCUUGUUAUUCCUGACAAAGCUCUUCGCCAUGAUCCCGCCGCUGUUUGCAACAUGCUGGUCUCUCAGGGUGUUACCUUCACCCUGGGCACCCCUACUGAGUAUAUGGCCUGGAUCCAGCAUGGUGGCCAGGAGUUGCUGCGAACCUCCCAAUGGCGUGGUGCCAUGAGCGGUGGUGAGGCCAUGACUAAGUCUCUUGUCCGUGCUUUCCGCUCCCUGGAGAAGCCCGACCUGAAGCUCAUUAACAGUUACGGUCCUGCCGAAACCACCUGUGCAUGUGCGGAUAGCGAGGUCUCCGUCGUAGAUGUCGAGGACCUGUCCUUUGCUGUUGUUCCAAGCCCUAACUACAACAUCUAUAUUGUUGACGAGAAUAUGAACCCUGUGCCCGCCGGCGUUCCCGGUGAAAUUGUCAUUGGCGGUGCUGGUGUUGCCGGAGGAUACCUCAACCAAGAGAAGGCCACAUCCGUCGCCUUCCUCCCCGGCAAGCAGGCUACCUCCUUCUUCAAGGAGCAAGGGUGGAAUACCGUCCACGCUUCUGGUGAUCGCGGCCGCUUCACCGCUGAUGGACGCCUAGUCCUACAGGGUAGAAUUGAGGGCAGCACUCAGGUCAAGAUUGGAGGUAUUCGCAUGGACCUUGAGGAUAUUGAGAGCACCAUCGUCAAUUAUGCUGCUCCUCACAUUAGCCAAGCUGUGGUCUCCGCUAGGCAGAUUCAGAACUCUGAUAACAAGUAUCUGGUUGCCUUUGUUGAGCUUUCUGACAACGAAACUGAUCAGAGUACGUUCCUGGCAGAGCUUCCUCAGAAGCUUCCUCUGCCCCAAUACAUGCGUCCUUCGGCUAUCGUUGCUCUAGAUACCAUCCCCAAGACUAGCUCUAACAAGAUUGACCGAUCGGCGAUCAACUCUAUGGAACUCCCUGAGAGCACUCAACCCCGUACCAAAGAUAACACGGCUGAUCUCGGCGAGUUUGAGAAUACUCUCCGUGGUCUCUGGCAGCAGGUCCUUCCUCAGGAAGUCCUCCGCAGCCAUAACUUGAACAAGGUCUCCGACUUCUUCCAUGUUGGCGGUAAUUCUCUGUCUCUAGUGUCCCUGCAGACUCAGAUCCGCGAGCGUCUCAACAUUGCUGUCCCUCUCUCGGAGCUCUUCCAGGCUAUCACCCUAGGCGAGAUGGCGGUGAUGCUCCAGGACCGGGGCUCAGGCAAGCAGGCUACCUAUGUCGACUGGGAGAAAGAGGUCGAGGUUCCAUCUGACCUCGCCAACGCACCCAAGUCUCCUAAUCCGGUCCAGCCAUCUACUACUCCAAGCAUUGUCGUUAUUACCGGAUCCACUGGUUUCCUGGGCAAGGAGAUUCUCCGUCAACUGACCAACAAUAAGAACAUUACAAAGAUCUACUGCUUGGCCGUCCGCAAGCCUAAAGAGCAGCUUUCCAAGAUCUUCGACCACCACAAGGUCAUCGUCUACGGAGGCGACCUCGGUGCUAAGCAGCUUGGCCUUUCUAAGAAGGAAGCGAAGGCAGUGUUCGACGAGACUGAUACCGUGAUCCAUGUCGGCGCUGAUGUGUCCUUCAUGAAGACCUACCAGAGUCUUAAGCUCAUUAAUGUUGCUUCUACUAAGGAGCUUGUCCGCCUCAGCAUUCCCCGCCGUGUUCCUUUCCACUUUGUCUCCUCUGCCAGUGUCGCCCGCCUGUCGGGUCUCGAUGCUUUUGGUCAGGUUUCUGUUGAGAAGUAUCCUCCCAACAGCGAGAACGCUGAUGGCUACACUUCUGCCAAGUGGGUUAGCGAAGUCUACCUGGAGCGCAUCAACAAGCAGCUCGGUCUGCCUGUGGCCAUACACCGCCCCAGCAGCAUCACUGGCGACGACGCCCCAGAGUCGGACUUGAUGAGCAACAUGAUGAAGUACUCGCGCGAGAUCAAGGCCAUCCCUGACUCGAGCGCCUGGUCGGGCCACUUCGACUUCAUCUCUGUGCAGUCGGUGGCCAGGACGAUCAUUGCCGGCGCAAUUUCCGGCGCGAAGGAGAUGACGGAUAGCCCUCGCUACCUAUAUGAGUCUGGAGAGAUUGAAAUUGGUAUGGAGGAGGUGCAGGAUCUGAUGGAGAUGGGCACUGGUGAAUCGUUCGGGGUCCUCUCAGUGGACGAAUGGAUCGAUUCUGCUGCAAAGGCUGGGAUGAACCCUCUGUUGGCCAUGUACCUGCGGCGGGCCGCAGGUGGCCAGGUCCUAUUCCCCAGACUGCUCCGGCAGUGA